AUGGUAGGGGGUACCUUUGGCAGCCAGAGCCUGUACAGUCUUCGGGGGAGCAAGAAGGUCUUGCUCAGUGUGGCCAGAGGUGCUGUCCAGACUGGGAGCUCAGCAUGGGGUUGCUCGGGUGCCUUUGGAGGGAGUCUAUGUGGGGCUGGAGGAAGGGGCAUGAGAGGUAGCUCUGGAAGAGGCUCCAUUAGCAAUGGAGGAAGACCUGGUGGUUUGGGAAGGAUUCCUGGAGGAGCUUUGGGCCUUGGGGGCUCAGGGGGCUUUCCCCUCAGUAUCCAGGAGGUGACCAUCAACCAGAGCCUCCUUCAGCCCCAGAACAUGGGGAUUGACCCUCAGAUCAGGGAGAUGAAGACCCAAGAGAAGGAACAGAUCAAGACUCUUAAUGACAAGUUUGUCUCUUUCAUCGACAAGGUGCGGUUCCUGGAGCAGGAGAACAAGGUGCUGGAGACCAAGUGGUGCCUCCUGCAGGAACAAUCGACAAUCUCCAGGGCCAGCGCCAAUGACCUGCAACCUUUCUUUGAGUCUUAUACCAGCUGCCUCCAGGCCUACCUGGAUAGGCUGCUGAGUGAGCGGGGUCAGCUAGAUGGGGAACUGAGCACAAUGCAAACACCUGUGGAGGAGUAUAAGAGGAAGUACAAUGAUGAGCUUAAUAAGCGCUCAGAGGCUGAGAAUGACUUCAUGUUUCUGAAGAAGGAUGUGGAUACUUCCUACAUGACCAAAGUGGACUUGGAAAUAAAAAUGGAGAGCCUGACCAGUGAAGUCAACUUUCUGAGAGCCCUCUUUGAAGCUGAGUUCAAACAGGUCCUGUCAGAAUCCAGUGAUAUGUCCAUCAUCCUGUCCAUGGACAACAACCGGCAUCUGGACCUGGAGAGCAUCAUCACCGAGGUCAAGGGCCAGUAUGAAGAGAUCACCCAGAGGAUCAAGGCUGAGGCCAAGGGGCUAUACGAGGUCAAGCUUGGGGAGCUGCAGACUAUAGCCAACAUGUAUGGUUAUGACUUGAGGAGCACCAAGAAUGAGAUUGCAGAGCUCAACAGGAUGGUCCAGAGGCUGCAGACCAAGAUCGAGAGCAUCAAGAUGCAGAAUACUAACCUGCAGGAGACAAUUGCUGACACUGAACAACAGGGUGAAUGGACACUCAAAGAUGCCCAGGCCAAGUUGGCAGAGCUCAAGAAGGCCCUGCAGCAGGCCCAGGAAAACUUGGCCUAUCUCCUGCUUGACUACCAGGAACUGAUGAACAUCAAGUUGGCAUUGGAUGUGGAGAUCGCCACCUACCAGAAGAUGCUGGAUGGUGAGGAGUGCAGAUAA